CGCAUGCGCCACUAUUGCGUUAUGUUUACGUCACACGUGUUGGUCUUCAGCAAAAGUAGUUUGGUUUCUGUCGGUCGACGUCACACGUGUUGGUCUUCGAGAUGUGUCCGGUCGUAUUAUUAACGUUAAUAUUGUCUUUUCUCUUACUCCUGUUAGAAAUGACAGCGGCUAUAACGGUGUCGUUCAGUCCUAAACGAAUCGAUUCGUUAAAGGAAGACGACGUUUAUCUGGUUAAUUAUUCCGUAGAUGUCAACAGUUCCGGCCAAGAACAAUUACAAUUCGUAUCGGAAAAACCGUCCGUAGCUAACGUAGAAAAGAAUGCCACAGUCGAUUUUAAAAGCGACAUUUCUAUUAUAAAUGGUACUUUUCUGGUUAAAGGUAAAUUUUUAGGUUACACGAAAAUUAGGCUGAAGACCGAAGAAGGAACUUCUUCUCAAUCUUUACCUGUUGUCGUUGUAAGGAAAAAAAGUGCCUUAUCGAUUGCAUUUACCGCUUCUGUAGCAAUUUUAGUAUCGUUGAAUUAUAUUAAUAUGGGAUGUGCCUUAGAUCUAAAAAUUGUUAGACAAGUGCUUGCCAAGCCAGUUGCACCUGCUGUAGGAUUCUUUUCUCAGUUUUUAACAAUGCCUUUGUUGGCAUUUGGAUUGGCAAAACUUCUAUUUGAUGAACCAUUUAUGAUGUUAGGAUUGUUUACAUUUGGCUGUAGUCCUGGUGGAGGAGCCAGUAAUAUGUGGACUGUUAUAUUAAAAGGGAACUUGAAUUUAAGUCUGACCAUGACAUUUAUAAGCACUGUAGCAGCAUUAGGCAUGAUACCACUUUGGCUUUUUACACUUGGCACCCUAUUGUUUAAAGAUACAAAGACUGUAGUACCAUACUCUUCAAUAUUAACAACAUUAGUAUCCAUGCUCAUUCCUUUAGGUGUGGGACUUUUGUUUCAGAGAUUUCUGCCUCGUGUUGCAAAAUUUUGUCGAAAAAUACUUGCCCUUGUUUCCAUUCUUAUGAUACUGUUUAUUAUAAUAUUUGGUACCUAUGCUAAUUUUUAUAUGUUUAAGCUGUUUACUUGGCAAAUUGUUGUUGCGUCAAUGGUAAAUGUUUGGACGGGUUUUCUUUUUGGUGCUAUAAUUUCUAAAAUCUGUGGUCUAGCAACUGAAGAUAUUAUUGCUGUUGCAAUAGAAACAGGUGUUCAAAACACUGGUAUAGCAAUUAUUCUUCUAGGAUUUUCCCUGAAACAACCAGAUUCUGAUCUAGCAUCCGUUGUUCCAGUAGCUGGGUCAAUUAUGACACCAUUUCCGUUAUUAAUUGCAUAUGCAAUACAAAAGUUCUGGAAUUGGAAAAAGUCUUCAAAAGAAAAACAUAGAGAGAUUAUUUUUGAUGAUCUUCAAGAAUCAAUGUUGAAAUCACCCAAUUCCAGUACUGGUGGUGAUUUAAAACAAAUAUCAAAUGGUAGGAAUUAAUAAUGCUUAUUGUUAAAGUUACACGUAGUAUUUUAAUUAUGCAUUGAAGUUAUUUUUUAUAUUUGCUAUUUCAGGCAUACCUGAAUUAUCAUUUUAUAAAAUGUAAAUUCGUAAAUAAGAUGCUGUUUUUAAAUAGCCAAAAUUUCCAUUGUCUGAACUCUUAAUCUAAAGUACAGUAUUUUCAGAUUGUUACAUAUCUGAUUUUCUAUUUUUCUAUGAUGUUUUAGACAAUUUAAAAUAUUUCAUGUCACAAAUUUGUCUAAACAGUUGUAUUGGAUAUCAAUAAAUGUACUUACCUUAAACUAAUUGUAAACUAAAAGUUAGUAUUAAAGAUAUACUGUUUAAAAAUAGAAUUUGAAUUUCAAAUUUUAUAAUUCAUUUUGAAUAAAAUGUUUUAAAAA